UUGGCUGCAAGGAGCAGACAGAUAUGGAACAUUCAACAACCCAAUGUCUAAUUUCAUUUAAAAGUUUUUUCUUCAACAUUCCUGCUAAUCAUGAUCCGAUGUGGGUCUGGACCAAGUGACUCUGUAAUCUGAUUCAGAACUAAAGGCAGAGGGUUGAAGCAAGCUUCAUGUUAGGUCCCAUUUAGUUAAACAUCCGGCCAGUACCGUGGAGCUAUUGAUAGGAGAGAUGCUAUGAAGGCAAGCUGAACAUUAAAACAUCAAGUUGUUGUCAAUUAUGCUAGAGUACAUCUGGAGUUAGGACGGCAGAUGGAAAUUAACCACAAAUAUCCAGCUUUUUAUCGAUAAAGUAUCUGGAUGCAGACAUCAGUUUCACAAUCAGGGCUAACGUGUCUGAAUUUCACACUGUUUGUAGAAAACCUCUCAUUCCGUCCCAUUGCUGCUGCAGGAAUUCAUACAUAAAUUUCAUGUACUCCUUCUCUUCAAACCUGAACAAAUGAUCAUUAAUCUACUUAUGGCAGUGUCAAAUCAGUAUAUUCUUUAUUUGCAUGUAAUAUCUGAGGAGAUAAGAAGCCACCCACAGGGUGAAAUUGGCCAGAUUCCGGAUGACUUUGGCAGUUAAGAUACGCAAGAUGUUUGGAUGUGGCUGCGCCAGGCCAAAAAGAGAAGGGCUAAGGAUAGCAAGAGUCGAAGUAAGAGAGAAGAAGCAGAGAUGAGACGCUGGCCAAUCUCAGGUCUGCCCUGCUCUUCAGACCGUGAAUGCACGACUUCUACUUUUAAUGAAGUGUAUUGAACUUGUACUUGUAUUCCAUCAAAACGCCUUACACGUCUGUUAUUAUUAAAAUAUCACAUUUUGCUUUCAAAUCCGAGCACCGGAGCCCGACGUAAUAAAGCUCCCGCAGGUCUGUGCGCAUCUGUGCUGAUGCGCGCCGCUUCCUGGCUGUGCGGAGCGCUCAUGUGACCGCGCAGUGCGCCGGUGGAGGACACUCGCUGAAGCAAACGGAAACGACGGCUGUAGGUUGGAGCUCCGCAGCUUGCCAGUUCCAUUUGGUGCAGUUUGAGGAGAGCUGCUCGGGACUCCUGAAGAUGUUUUCGCUGGGGGAGAAGAUGGAGUUCCUCGUGGGAAACGGGCCCUUUUCAACGCCCGUCGGGCAGAGAGUCGAUGCGUGAUCGGGACGAGCUAGAGACAGCGAGCAACCAGCGGCACUCUGCAGUCCGACGACUGGGGCCUCAAUAUGGAGAUAUGUGACAUCAUCAACGAGACGGACGAGGGGCCCAGAGAUGCAAUCAAAGCUAUCAAGAAGAGAAUCGUGGGAAACAAGAACUUCAGGGAGAUCAUGUUGGCUCUUACAGUUCUUGAGGCCUGCGUGAAGAACUGUGGCCAUCGCUUGCACGUUCUUGUUGCAUCGCAGGAGUUUAUAGAAGGAGUUUUGGUGCGUGCCAUUCUGCCCAAAUAUAACCCCCCCACGGCUCUCCAUGACCGAGUGCUCAGCCUCAUACAGUCGUGGGCCGACGCGUUUCGGAGCUCUCCCUCCCUAGCGGGGGUGGUGUGCGUCUACGACGACCUGAGAAGACGUGGUUUGGAGUUCCCCAUGACAGAUCUGGAUGCUCUGUCUCCCAUCCACACUCCGAAUAGGAGUAUCCCAGAAAACAGGACUCCUGAUGCAAUCCCUGCCGCUGCUCCCACACCAGAGUCCCGACCCGAAGCCCCGUCCAGUGUUCCCACUCAGAGUUCGUCACCUGCGGUCCUGUCCAGCGAGGGACCAGCCUCACUCUCUGCAGAACAGGAACAGAAGCUCCGAAGUGAGCUUGCGCUGGUUAAGGGAAAUCUCACUGUGAUGACAGAGCUGCUGAAUGAGAUCAUACCUGGACAGAGCCAGCAAGAUGAUACAGAGCUGCUGCAGCAGCUGUAUCUGGUGUGUAAGAGCAUGCAGACUCGAGUGGUGGAACUCAUCCCCCAGCUAAUGGAUGAAGGGUUUAUUGAAGAACUGCUCGUGGUCAACGAUGACCUAAACAAUGCCUUCAUCCGCUAUGAGAGGUUUGACAGACUGAACAAGGCACAAAAUACUCAACAGCAGAGCUCUACAACAAGCCAGAGCCCCGUCAGCCACACCCAACCUGCAAUCAUCACAACAACCAGCCAACCUGCAAUCAUCACAACAACCAGCCAACCUGCAAUCAUCACAACAACCAGCCAACCUGCAGUCAGCAACACCUGCGUCAGUCUACCCCAGGCAGCCGACCACAUUGUGACACCAUCUGUAAACAUCUGUCUUGCAGAAGAGGAGGGGGAGUUUGACAUGUUCGCCCACACGAGAGGAAGCUCCCUGGCUGAGCAGAGGAAAAGUGUCCGGUAUGAAGACCCCGGGGCUAUGGAGGGCCUUGCUGGAGCCCUGGAUACGAGGUUGCAGGUCACAGGAGGGACGGCACCAGCCCAAAAGUCUUUGCAGAACGAUGUUUGCAAAUCUGGGGAUAUGGAAGGCCAGUCUUCAGUUAGUGAGGGAGUUUCCAGUGCAGAGUUUGAUCAGUUUCUAAAAGAUCGGGCAAAGGCAUCGGACCAAGGCGGACAGGCGAUUCGAAGCGUGCCGCCUUCCACAUCCAGACCGCCGCCGCCGCAAUCUACCCGGCAACAAGAAAGAUCAGACCAGCUUUUCUCACUUUGAGUUAGAGGACAAUCGAGAGAAGCAGCUGGCUGUAAAUAUCAACAUACACACGGCAUUAUGAUAUUCUAUGACAAUCGAUAACAAGCAUAUACUGCAUUAUGUCAGGUUUCCUCUAAGAGCGCGCGCGCACACACACACAAAUAAACCUGACACUACAAACGUGCUGCCAAAUCAACUCAUUGCAUAAAUGCAAUAUUUAUUAGUUAAUUAGUAGUUUAAUCACAUUUCUCAUUCAAUUGAAUAGAAAGUGUGUCCAAACUCUCACUGGUACUGUAAGUAUAAGAGAGAGUAUGUCAACGUAUUUAUGAAAUAUAUUAUUUUAAUGUUGGUGUAAACAAAAGCUUAAAUUGAAACCAUUGUUUAGAGAAUAAAUAAGAUGUUUAUAUAUAUUUGAUAUCACACAGUCAUGUGCCUUUGACCCAGGCAGCUGGUUUUGUGUAGAUGAGAAUAAAUCAGGUUAUUGUUCUGCAAACAUGUUGCUUCUGUCCACUUUUUUAAAAUGAUGUCAUUAUCUAAGCUUCCAUGAUUGGAAUUUACCCCGAAGCUCGUAUUAUGACUGAUAUAAGUGCAACCUUUGUGUGACAGAGCUGUUAUUUUUCAAGACUGUGUCAGAGAUUCCUGCUCCACCAGAUCACGGUCAGAUGGUUCUUGUUUUUCUUGCUUCCAGCUUGCUGUAAAUUAAAAUUAUGCCAAAACUUGUUUUUG